UUCCGACCACAGCAUCUUUUCCAUCUUUGUGAGUAUUUUUUUGUUUUUUUUUUAAUUUAAUUUGUGUAGCAUGCCAUAUUUGUUAGAUGGAAAUUGUUUAGUUUGAUUAGUAUAAUUUAGUUGUUGAUGAUUAAAAAUUUAGGAUAUUGUGAUGUUGAUUUUGUAUUAAUUGGAAGGUUAGUAUAAUUGGAAGGUGAUUAGUAUAAUUCAAAGGUUAUUAGCAUAUUGUUUAGUUGUUUGAUUAGUAUAAAUUAGUUGUUGGUUGGUUAAAAAUGAAUUUGAGCAUUUUGUGAUGGUUGAUUUUGCAUGAAUUGUUGUGUUUAUGUUGUAAAUACUACUAGUAUAGGUGAAAAAUAGUGUUGAUAUUGUUUGAAUAUGUAGAAUAAGAAUAACUUAAUUAAACAUUAUGUUUUUUGUAUGUAGAAUAUGGAACAACCUAAAUAUCCUCUAUACCUUUAUUGGAAUGGUGAAUUAUCUCAAAAUGAUGUUGAUAUUGUGUAUAGAGGUGGAAGGAAAAAGUUUUUGUUCAUCAAUUCCGGUAUGAUGUUUCAAGAGAUUCUGAAUAGGGUAUAUGACGUUGUUGGAUGUGAUCGUAUGUAUGUGGAACUGAAAUUGUUUAUGAGAUAUCCGAUGCCGGGAAAAUAUGUGCCAAUUGCACUAGAGGAUGACGAGUCACUGAGUGCUAUGUGGCUUUCAGUGACACAAACGUCAGCCAUGGCAAUGGAGGUGUACAUUGAACAAGUUCCCAAAGAGAUAAAUGUGCAAAGUAAUGUGGGUUAUGUACCUUCAAUGGACUUUAGGGAUAGCAUGGAGGUACCGACAUCAGCUCCUAAUAUGCAAUUUGAAUCAUUUACUAGCAUGUUGUCAGACCCACAUUAUGUAAAUCAGCACAUGAAUGAGUUUAUUUCUCCUGCUUCGUCUCCCCACAUACCAUCCACAUUCCAUCUUGACACUCUACAUCAAAAUGAUGUUGAUUUUUUGGGAAACGAGGAGGAGCAUGUGGAUUCUGAUAGGGAUGAGGAUGAUGAUGCAAGAGAAUUAGCUGACAAGGCAAUAAAGGCUGGUGUUCCUUCACAAGAUUGGCUUAGAGUUGACGAAGUUGAUCAAAGGUUAAUAGAUUCAUGGAUGACUUGGAAUGUCACUGGUUCAUUAACUGUGGCUUCUGAAUUUGAGAUAGGACAAGAGUUCGCCUCAUUGCAGCAAUUAAAGAAUUUUGUGAAAGCAUGGUCGAUCUCUAGAAACCAGAUGUUUCGGGUGUUAGAGUCAGAGCCCACAAAGUAUGUCAUUGAAUGUGCUAGAAAGGAAGUGUGUCACUGUCCAUGGAGGUUGCGUGCAAUCAUGACUAAGUCGUUCUCAUUCAAAAUUGUACGAUAUGUUGGUCCACAUGCAAGCAAUUGUUUAGGAGACAUAACAUGUGGAGACCAUCCUCUCAUUUCAUCAGAUUUCGUUGCUGAUCUUAUCGAGGAUUUCAUUAGGACUGAUCCUUCAUUCAAAGUUCAGUCCAUCCUUACUUUUGUGAAGAACCAAUAUCAAUUUUCAAUAACAUAUAAGAGAGCUUGGUUAGCAAAACAAAAGGCAAUCAGCAAUAUUUUUGGUGAUUGGGAGAAGUCGUAUCAAGAGUUACCGAGGUACUUGCAAGCCUUGAAAGAGUCCAAUCGAGGCACUGUCGUUUACUGGAGUACGAUCCCAACACAAGAUCCUACUACGCACAUCUUUAGGAGGGUCUUCUGGGCCUUUAAACCCUCCAUUUCCGGAUUCCGUCAUUGUCGGCCUCUUAUCACUAUAGAUGGUACUCACUUGUACGGGAAAUACAAAGGCAAAUUAUUGAUUGCUAUGGGAACAGAUGCUAAUUUCCAGCUAUUCCCACUUGCCUUUGCUGUUGUGGAGGAAGAAAGCACGGAGGACUGGUCUUGGUUUUUAGCUUGCAUUAGACGUUCCGUCACAGAUAGAAAGGAUCUGUGUGUCAUCUCUGAUCGUCAUAGGGGUAUCCUUGCAGCUAUGAAUGAGCCUGGUAGUGGUUGGGAGGAACCAUAUGCACAUCACCGCUUUUGUGUGCGUCAUCUUGCUUCGAACUUGAAUUCGAAGUAUAAGAAUGCUGCCAUCAAGAACCUAUUCGGAAAAGCUGCAUAUGCUAGGCAGAAAAGGAAGUUUUUGUACUAUAUGGAUCGAAUUGGCUCCAUUAAUGUCGAGGCAGCUAGAUAUCUGUUGGACAUUCCCCUUCAUCUAUGGUCUCUACAUCAUGAUGGUGGGUGUAGAUAUGGUGUGCAAACCACCAACAUGUCUGAAGUGUUUAAUGGUGUCCUAAAAGGAGCAAGAUGUCUACCGAUCACUGCUUUGGUAAGAAUGACAUUUUAUCGUGUCAAUUCUUAUUUUGCUACAAGGAGAGAAUUAGGUAGAAAAAGACUUGAGGAAGGCCAUGAUUAUAGCCCGAAGGCGACUAACAUCAUUGAAAAGAACAUGGAGAAGGCAGGUGCUCAUGAGGUGAUUGUGUUUGAUUAUGAGCGAGGGCUAUUUGAGGUCACUACUGGUCGUGGAGACCGUAUUGCGGGGAAAGGUGGAAAGAAACACACGGUUAACUUAAUGCAGAAGACAUGUACAUGUGAGAAAGUCAAAAUAUAUAAGUUGCCGUGUUCUCAUGUCCUUGCGGUAUGUCGUCACCGGAGCUUGUCAUAUAGUGGUUUUGUGGACGCUUCAUUUCUGACUAGCUCGUAUCGAUCUACUUAUAUGUCCUUUUUCAAGCCUGUGCCUGAUAUGCAUAAUUGUUCUCCAUAUGAUGGUCCGAGAAUUAUAGCUGAUGAGAGGCUAAAACGUGGAGCUGGACGUCCACGGUCCACUCGAAUACAAAAUGAAAUGGAUGCAGCUGAUAGGUCUGGCAAAUAUAGAUGUAGCAUUUGUAAGGUUUCAGGACACAAUAAGCAAAGAUGUCCUAAUAAGAACGGUGAAGGAACAUCUGGGUCUGAUGGCGCAGUCCAUCUUUCCCGGCCCCACUGAUCGCAGCGUUCUCACCCUCCAGGACCAGCAUCGGAGUGAGGAUGUCUGGAGGGGAGUAGCGGACACGGUACUAUCGUGUCGGUUGCAUCAUCACAGUCUCUAUCUUGACUGGGAGA